AGGCUGCAUCGAUUGAAAUUCUGCUUCAUGUGUUUCUUGUGUACCAACCCACAUUGGAACAGCACGGUGCAAUAAAUUCAGAUAACUUAUUUUGAGGAGAAGAAAAGCUUCAAGUUAUCAAGAUGGUUUAUAAAUUCACAAACAUAAAAUAUAUACCCUUGUUGGUAUUUCAGUUGAUACUGAUGGUUUUAUAUUUCAUAUUCGUGAGAUAUGGAGGAGAUAAACAUCACGACGUGAGAGGUUUUGAAGGCACCCAUGUAAUGAUCUUCAUUGGCUUCGGCUUCUUAAUGACAUUUUUGAAGAAGUAUUGCUACAGCGCAUUAGGUUUCAACUGGUUUUUGGCAGCUUUGGUCAUACAAUGGGCUUUGCUUUGCCAAUCAUUCUAUCAUAUGGAAAACAACGUUAUCUAUAUCACCAAGCAGAGUUUAUUGGAGGCGGACAUAAUGUCGGCAACAGUGCUUAUAACUUUUGGAGCAGUUCUGGGUCUGGCGAGCGGAUUACAAUUAUUGUUCAUUGCAAUCAUCGAAGUUGCUGUCGCUUGCCUUAACUUCUGGCUAGUGGCUGAUAUAUUCAAGGCAGCUGACGUAGGUGGAUCGAUAGCUAUACAUGCAUUUGGUGCAUAUUUCGGCUUAGGGGCAAGUUGGGCGAUGCGUUCUAGGAAAACUAAAUCUGAUACCCCAACCACAACUCAUACGGUGGAUUUGAGCGGACCAAGUUAUAAUUCAGAUAUUACAGCAAUGAUAGGUUCAAUAUUUUUGUGGGUAUAUUGGCCAUCAUUUAACUCCGGUUUGACAAAUUCCAACAGCGAAUAUCAGAGGGCAGUUAUUAAUACUUAUUUGUCCCUUGCUGCGGCGACUGUAACAACAUUCGUUACGUCUUCGGUAGUUAGCAAACAUAACGGUAAACUCGAUAUGGUUCACAUACAAAACUCAACUCUAGCAGGAGGUGUUGCGGUUGGGUCGGUGUGUAAUAUGCAUAUCGGUGCUGGCGGCGCUGUCGCUAUCGGCAUCGGUGCUGGUUUGCUGAGUGUAUUGGGAUAUAGAUACCUAACGCCUCUCUUGACAAAGCUGAAUGUACCUGAUACUUGUGGUGUGAAUAAUCUUCACGGCAUGCCAGGCAUCUAUUCCGGAAUACUAACAGUAUUGUUCGCUGCACUCGCAACCAAGGACGAGUAUGGAAGCGAUCUGUUUGGUGUAUUUCGUGCUAUGGGCGAAGAUGGCCUUGGCAGAACAGCGGGAAACCAAGCGCUGUGCCAGUUUUUCGCUUUACUCGUCACUGUUGUUAUUUCGAGCGUUGGUGGAAUUAUUACCGGUUUUCUCGCUCGAGCGUCAGUACUGGAACCUCUCAAGGACCACGAGAAGUACGACGAUGAAAUUAAUUGGGACUUGCCUUAAUUAAAUUUGCCGGCACUUUACACGUAAACAAUAAGUUUUAAUUUUUUUAACUGUUUAUUAAUUUUAUUUUGAAAUUGAAACGUGUGUUUUGCUUAACGUUGUUUGAA